UAGUAGCGUUGCGCAACUGAUUAGUAGAGAUAAGUUCUUGAGAUACUCAAGAUACCACAACGUAUGCGCUCAAAAUAUUUCCAACGUAUAAACAGCGUGAUUCCCGUGUGAUUUUUUUAAUGAAUGCCCGGGAUUUGCGUGACAUGAUGUCGGUUCCCAGAAUUGUCACAUUUCUGCUUUUGUUGAUCCUGCCUGGCAGCCCAUCUCGGCCUGCGUUCAUUGCUGCCCACUCGUCCAGCGUUUGUACCCAGGGCACGGCUUGCUGGCGCCGACCACGGGACUGCGCUGGCACGGCCUGUGAUUACGCAGCCGAGUGGUCAGUCGAUCGAGGGACGGGCGAGAUAACGCUUGCGUUCCUCGGUAGGAGCAAUGGAUGGGUAGCCGUUGGAUUCUCCGGUGACCAGGCAAUGGCAGGCGAUGAUGUCCUUAUGUGCAUAGCAGAUCUUGGCGCAAAUUCGACCGGUGCACGAUUCGAGCACCGCUACAAUUACGGAUACUCCAACCUGCCGGCAGAACUGGAAGGCAUCACCGUAAACAGUGCAUCUUUUACAGACGGCAUACUCCAAUGCUCCGUGACACGUGAAGUCACUGUAUUCAACAGUAGCCACAUGACCUUCGAUCUGUCAUUUGAUUGGUUUAUGCUCUUUGCCCAAGGACCAAUCACUUCAUCUGGUCAACCGGUACGACACUCCAAGAACCCAUCAAUCACGGACAGGAAGGUUACUCUUUCUUCCCUCGAUGAAAUCUUCGUCCUAGGAGAAUCUCGCUCCCAGUCACAUGGACAAGAUGAGUCAGGAGUUUCUGACGAGAAGAGGGAGGGCGGCAGCAACGGUGGCCAUCAACACACAGUUCACUUUGCGAUGGCUCUGUUCGUUGGUCUGUCCAUCUCGCUCAUCUUCUGGUUCAGGAACUAGACAAGGCGGGCCAAGCUUCGCAAUUUUGUACACGUUUUCUAGGAGGAAGUUUUCGGAACCACCAAGGCUGAAUAGCGCUGAUACAGGGCAUUACGCCUGUACUUUAGCACGGGAAAAAAAUCAGUUUAAAAGUCUGUUUAGUAGGCUAAUAUAAUGAUGUUCUUUCGUCUCAAAAAUAAUUCUUUACGACUACUGCAAUUUUAUUGUCAUUUUGAUUAUGUGCUGAUGAUAAAAGUAGCCAAUACGUAAUGCUUAGUGUACAUUUUUAAAAUGGUCAAAAUGAGAGACUGAAGUUUUACACUCAAAUUAGCAGUCUUAAGGUGAUAAGUGCAGCUAUGCCGAACUUUUAUGAUCGAAAUCUCGAUUUCGUAUCUUGAAAUUAUUAUGAAGCGAAAAAUUGUGAUGAGAGAGUCAAUAUAACUGAUUAUAUAUAACUGAUUAAAUCAAACUAUACCGAAAAAUAAUUUUGAUAAUCAUGUUAAACACGGAGACAGAUGAAUCUGAGGUACGUUUUGUUUACCACAGUGUCGGAUUUUCUGUACAAAUUUCUAUCAUCCAAAAGGAUUGUUCCUCACCAAUUAUUCUAAAGAAUGACUAUAUGAAAAUCCUAUCAAUUACUCCUCAUUCCCGAUCGCAGUGGUCUGACUGCAUAGAAA